UAUCGGAUAUUUAGAUAUAAGAUAUUUUGACAGAAUAAAGAGCUAGAGAUUUAUUUCAUAUACAGAGCAUAAUUGAACGAUAUGGAACUUAGAAAAAUCCUGUCAAUACUAGAAAGUCUGAUAUCAAAAAUCGGCAAUUCUUCACUUCGCCAUGACCUCACACAGUUGAUAGAUUUUGCAAACGAAUGUGUGCAUAGUUUUAUGUAUUCAUUUGAUGUUGAUGGAAAUGCAAUAUUGGAGGAAAAUGAAAGACUAAGAAAAAUAAAAUGCCCUAGUAGAGUAGAAGUGGAGCGUUUGUAUCAGACAUUGCAGAGGUUCAAGUCUUCUAUACAGAUAUCGAAUGACAAAACGGAUACGUUUAAAUCAAAAAUUCAUGAUAAUGUUAUGAAUUACAAUGAACAGAAAAAGAGAAAUAAAGAAGAAAUAUCGAAUAAACAACAAGAUAUCGCUAAAUGUGAAGACCAAAUUAAGAAUGUAAACAGUACAAUUGAAGCAUGUGAAAAAAGGGCAAUCGAUAUGGAAAUUGGAGCGCAUGAGCUUGAGAGAAGAGCUAGAAGUUUGCCAAAACGAUCAGCUCGACAUCGCGAAAACGGCUUCCUGUGGACACUUGCUAGUACAACAGGUGGAAUUGUUUUUACUCCAUUUACAGCAGGUGCAUCAUUGGUUGCAGGCCUCACCUCAGCUGGAAUAGGUUUGAAGGUUAACUUCGAUUCUGCCAGUGACUGUGAUAGAAAAGCGACUAGUUUAAGGUAUGGAGCAAGUAUUGAAAGAAGAAAGGUAGAAGAUCAACAUAAAAGAAAAUGUGAACUUCUUGCAGAAAAGCAAAAUAUACACACAAAGAUAUAUACCUAUGAAAGGACAAUAAAAGAGUUAUCCGAAGUACAUGACACACUGGAUUUAUGCCUGAAAAAAUACCUCUUGCCUUCAAUUAAAGCUACUGAAGAUGCAACAUUUAUCGUCUUGGAAAUAGAGAAAGCACUUAAAAAGACAGAACUUCAAGGUGAUACACUUGUAAUUUUGCAAAAAUUGUUCGUAGAAGAACCAACGGGAGACUUUUAUGACGACACCUAUGAAGCAAUAGACACUUUAAAGAAAAGAUGGAAAGAACUAACAGACAAAAUAUUGAUCUUCAGUGGAUCAAGAGGAAUAAAGAAAGAAAUGGAGGAAGAAUUUACACUGUAUGACCGAAAGUCCUGUUCGAGUCAAGGGGACGUACCAAAUGGCUCCCAAACUACACAACAACCUACCGAAGCUUCAUCUGAGACGGAAUCAGGAUCAUCUGAGAUGGAAUCAAAAGCAUUUAAGAGAAACCUUUUAUUUGAAUUAUAUUAUGCACAAAAGGAAGCAGCAAGAUUCCUUGAACUUGCAUAUUUGGCAUUGAAAGAAGACCCAAUAUUAGCACGAAAGGUUCGAAAAACUGCAGAUGAUGCUCAAAAUCAGCAUAUGAGGACGCAUGGUUUGAUGAUUGGCUACCAAGAUACUGCUAUGCAUGUAGUUAAAUCCAUGAUGCCACUUUUUAAGAAGGCCCUUGAAAAAAAGAAAGUGGAACUUAUUAAAAAGAUUUUAGAAAAAGUCUUGCGAUAUGUAAACAGAAUGAUCAAAGAAACUAAGGACACAACAGACAGGUACUAUGCUAUAAAAGGAGAAGUACAAGACCAGAUUUCUGAUAUAGUUGAUAAAAACAAAGAAGUGAAGAGUAUGAAAACCGACAUAGAAUUAGAAGCAAAACAAUUGAAAGAAUUACUACUUUCAAGGAAAGUCGAAUAUGACUUGUUACAAGUCAAAAUAGAAAAAAUUGCAGAGGAAAUAAAAGGAUUAGAAAAGAAGCAUCUUGAUUAUCUAGACAAAUCAAUUCAAACUGAAGAUUGUAAAGAAAGAGAAUCGAUAAUAGAUGGCCUAUUUAUUCCCGGAGCAUCAGUUGCUGCAGCUGCAUAUGGAGGUCCAGUUCUUGGUGGCGCUGUUCUGUUUGGAGGUUUGGUUGCAAGUCAUUGUAGGAGAAGUCAGGCAAGCAAGAAAGCUGUUGAUGCUGGUGAUAAAGUGGCAAAAAAAAUCGAAAAGUCAGAAAAUACUUUAGAUGAUGCUGAAAAAAGAAUGUUCAAGAUAAGAGACGAUUCGAUAGUAAAGAUAACAAUGCUGCGUAAACUGGUUUUAAAAAGUGCCAAUGAGAUCGAUGAAAAAAGCCUUGAAAAAGCCUGCCAAGAACUAGGAGUGGUAGGAGAGCAUUUUAAGAAAAUAGUUUUCUUUUGGGAAAACUUUGCUGUAAAACUCAAUACUUUAAUCGAAGAAAAUGAUGUUGUUGAGGCUCUUCUUGAGGAAAUCCAUGAUGAGGAUUUUAAAGCAGAUCUAGAUAAAUCAACUAAUAAUAUCACAGAGGUAUGGUCCAGUUUUGGAAUGGUUUGUGCCUACUAUGUCAACACAAGUGAACAAGAAAUUCAUGAUCUGUAUACUUUCUUGUCGGAUCCGGUUGACCAACUGUCUAUUGAGGAUUGUCAACGUAGGAAAGAAAAGGUGCUUGCUAUAAUGGAAGAUGAAGUGAAAACACUAAAACUAUAAAGAUUACAUUGCAGUCUUUUUUGCAUCUGUCAUGGACAACAGUUGAGACUUUUUGUUACCAUAAUUGCUGCAGUUGCUAAAUACUGAUUGUAUGCUACUUAUUUACUUUUAUAGCUGUUAACAAUGAAUUUAAGAACGUUUAGGUUUCUGUUAGAAAGCCUAGUGUUGUAGUUUGCUUUAGUUGGUGUGGUGUGUUUUCUUGACCAAUAUUUGUGAUAUCAUUACUUAAUGUAAUGUAGAAGUGUUAAUUGGGAAUAUCUUGUAAAUGUUUAUUUUCUGUCGGUCAUAACUUGCACAUUUAGAUACUGCUUUGUAAAAUAUGUAUCAUAUUUCUUACUUAAACGCAUAUGCACAAUUUUACAUGUAAAUGUAGUUGUAUCAUCGUAUUUUUAUACCCACGCACAACGAAGAUGUAAGGGGGAUAUACUGGAAUCAGCUUGUCCGUCCGGCCGUCCGUUGGUUUUUCCUUGUCCGCCCAAUAACUUAAGAUUCCUUUAACUCACAGUCUUCAUAUUUGGUAUUUAGAUUGGUCAUGAUUAGAAGAUGAUCUCUAUUGAUUCUAAGGUUACAAGGUCAAAGGUCAAGGUCACAGGGGCGCCAAAUAACUUUAAAGUCAUUUGACCCACAAUCUUCAUAUUUGGCAUGGAGGUUAGUCAUGAUGAGUAAAUGACCCCUGUUGAUUUUGAGGUCACUGAGUCAAAGGUGAAUGUCACAUGGACUUUGACUAAAAAGAGCUUGACCCCUCAAAAACUCAAGAUUCUUUUGACUCACAGUCUUUAUAUUUUGUAUUGAGAUUGGUCUUGAUAAGAAGAUGACCCCUAUUGAUUUUGAAGUCACCAGGUCAAAGGUCAAGGUGACAAAGACCUAAAAAAGCUUGUCCGUCCAAACACUUAGGAUUUCUUUUACCCACAGUCUUCAUAUAUGGCAUGGAGGUAAGUCAUGAUUAGUAGAUGAUCACUACUGAUUUUGAGGUCGUGGGUCAAAGGUCAAGGUCACAGGGGCCUUGAAUUAAAAGUUUGUCUGCCCAUUAACUUAAGAAACCUUUGACCCACAGUCUUCAUAUUUGGCAUGGAGGUUGAUCAUGACAAUAAGAUGACCCCUAUUGAUUUUGAAGUCACGGGUCAGAGGUCAAGGUAACAGGGGCCUUGACUUAAAAAAAUGUCCGCUCAAUUGCUUUAGAAUGCUUUGGUCAACAGUCUUCAUAUCUUGUAUUGAGGUUGUUUAUGACUAGCAGAUGACCCCUUUGAUUUUUAGGUCACUGUGUCAAAGGUCAAGGUCACAGGGAUUUUUUUACUAUAAUAACCUUGUCUGCUAAAAUGCUAAAGAACGCCUGUCCGCAGUGUAUUGAUUUUGACAUCUUCACAUUUGAAGCAUGUAGAAUACAUAAGUUAGCAAUGCACUUGCUUAGUAAUGGCAGAUUUGGCAGGGAGGUUGUCCUUCAGCUCUAAAUGGCCACUGUUGAUUCUGACAAAGUUGUAUGCGGGCAUAUUCAAGCCAUGACUGUGGCAGUUCUAGUUCCAUAUUGUCUCGUCAUGUCAUAUUAGCGCCCCCC